UGAUUGAAUUUGUUUAUUUAAGAAAUAAUAAUAGAAUAUUGAAGGAAUUGAUCUAGUUUCAUUUUUUAAUUGUUUUUUCAAUAUUUUUGGAAGAAAUUUUAUUUAAUAUUUACCAAAAAGAAUAAAUAUUCAACAAGAGUAGUGCUAAAUAAUUUUUAUUUUUCAAUGGAAAGAAAGUUAUCACAUUCCAUACAAUUUUUUGUUUGUUUUUAAUAUUUCAAAGAAAAUUAUAAUAGAAGGAAUUUUUUUGUAAUGUUUUAGAUUUUAGAAGUAUGUAGGUAGCCCCAGCCAACAACAGAAAUACUAAGUUAACAGAAAUUUAAUUUCAAUGAAGUAGUAUUGUUGAACAACCAAGAAAAAAAACGAACAAUUACAUCAAUUAAAAAAAUUAUAACAAUUAUAAUACAAAAAUUUAGGAUAUUUUAUUAGAUGAAAAAUCUCGAAUAUUGCAAAUGUGAUAACAAGAAUUACAUUAGUAUCUUAUACAGACAUAUAUAUUCCUUAUUGAAAAAAAAAUAUUUUUUAUGAUAUUUUAUUAAGUUUUAUUUUUUUCUAUUUGUAAUGCAAAACACAUCCGAAUUUCUAGAAACAAUGUUAAUAAUAUUUUUAUUAAUUAGUAUAUACUUAUUAAAUAAUGGUCAAACACAACAAUUUAAUGAUACAAAUCAAAUAUCAUCACAAUAUAAUAGCGCACUUUCAAAUCAAUAUUCAACAACAGUUUAUGGACCACAAUUACAACAAAAUUAUCCACAAGAUAAUUUAAACUUAAAUCAAUAUUCAACAUUACAACCACAAAACCCAUAUAAUCGUGAUUAUACAACAUCUCGUAAUUAUUCACCAUCAAGAGAUUAUAAUAUUAAUCCAAAUUCAAUUAGUGGUAAUACUAUUGGUGGUGGUAGUAGCAAUACUGGUAUCGGUGGUAUUGCUGCUGCUGGGACAUUUUAUGAUCCAAAUAAACAAUAUGGUAGUACACUGAAUAAUCGCAUUUACGGUAAUAAUGAUUAUAAUAAUUAUGGUGUUUAUGGUAAUGUAUUAGAUGACAUUGAUCCAAAUUAUUUUUGUCCAGAAUAUUGGAUUGCAUAUCAACAGGUAUGUUAUCGUUUUAUAAAAUCACCACGUCGUACAUGGCAUGAAGCUAAAAAAAUAUGCCGUGCAUAUAAUUCUGAUUUAAUAAAUAUUGAUUCAAUAAAUAAGCACUCAUUUAUAUUAAAAGAACUAAUAUUACAAAAUCAAAAACAAAAUCGAUAUUGGGUAUCAGCACGUCAAACAUCACCAAAAAGUUGGAUAAAUGAUGAUAAUUCACAAUUUUUAUAUAUUGAAGAUGCAUUUUCAUAUGAUGAACCGUCUGAAUAUCGUGAUGAUUUAUCAAUAUUACAAGAUAAUAGGUUUUUAUUAACUGGACGAAAUCGUGAUUAUCAAUAUGAUCAAAAUGUAUUAAAUCAACCACUAGAUCAUUUAAAUCCAUAUUAUAAUAAUCCUUUAUAUGUAUGGGAUGAUAUAACAAGACGUUAUAGAUUAAGAGAUCGUUUAGUUUAUGGUUUUUCAAAAAUUAAAGAUAAGUGGAUGUUUAUACCAACAUUUGAUGAUGAAACAAAUUUAUUUAUAUGUGAAUCAAAACAAUUGUAUAGUCCUGAUAAUAUUAAUUUAUUAGCUGAUGAAAAACGUCCAUUUGAUUAUGGUAUUGAAGUUGGUGAUUUAGAAAAAAUACCACGUGGUCCAUAUUUUAUAAAACAACCAGUUGAUACAACAUUCGAUACAUCAAAACGUCGUUUAAUUAACGAUGUUACAUUAAGUUGUUUAACCGGCGGAUAUCCAACACCUGUUUAUUAUUGGUUUAAAGAAGAAUAUGUUAAUAAUGAUUUAAAAUUUCAUCAAAUUGAUCCAUUAAAAGAUGAUCGUUAUACAUUAUCUGGUGGUAAUUUAAUAAUAUAUGAUCCAAAACAGAUAUUAGAUCAAGGUUAUUAUCAUUGCGUUGCUGAAAAUCGUUUUGGUCGUAUAAGAUCUGAAUCAGCACAAUUGAAUUUUGGUUUUAUAAUGGAAUUUAAUUUAAAACGUUCAGCUGAAGUAUCCGAUAUGAACUGGGGUAAAGCACUAUUUUGUGAUCCACCACAACAUUAUCCUGCUGUUAAAUAUUAUUGGUCCCGUGAUCAAUUUUUGAAUUUGGUUGAUGAAGAUCAACGUGUUUUUGUUAGUAAUGAUGGUGCCUUAUAUUUUUCAUUUAUUGAAGCUGUGGAUAGAGCAAAUUAUUCAUGUUCAGUACAAAGUAUGGUUAGUGAUACUGGGCGUAAUGGGCCAUUCUUUCCAUUACGUGUACAUCCAAAAAGUGACGCACAAUCAUUAAUUUUUGCUAAUAGUUUUCCCAAAGUUUUCCCGGAUGCACCUAUUGCUGGUGGAGAAAUACGUUUAGAAUGCUUAGCUUUUGGUUAUCCUGUGCCAUCAUAUAAUUGGACACGUCGUGGGGCACCAUUACCACGUCAUUCAUACCAAACUAGUUAUAAUCGGGUAUUGAUUAUACCAAAUGCAACAAUUAAUGAUAAUGGCGAUUAUAUAUGUACAAUUGAUAAUUUUAGAAAAUCCUUAGAAAAAAAAAUUACAUUAAAUAUACAAAUGAAACCAAAUUUUACAAUACCAUUGAGAGAUAAAAUUAAAGACUUUAAUAGUGAUGUAAAUUUUGUUUGUGAGGCAAUAGCAAUACCCGAUGUUAAUUACACAUGGUAUAAAAAUGCUGAACGUUUAGAUAUUGAUAAAUUAGAUAGAGAUCGUUUUAUAAUACAAGAUAACGUACUAACAAUUAAAUAUUUGGAUCCAGAAAAAGACGAUGGAAUGUAUCAAUGUAGAGCUGAAAAUCAAUUGAAAGCCGUUUUUUCAUCAGCUCAAUUGCGUGUAUUAUCUAUGAAACCGUCAUUUAAGAAACGCCCAUUAGAAUCAGAAAUUUACGCUAUUUAUAAUGGUAAUACAACAAUUGUGUGUGAUCCUGAAGCUGCACCACGUCCGAAAUUUCAAUGGAAAAAAGAUGGCAAUAUAAUUGGAAGCGGUGGCCAUAGAACGGUUUUGCCAUCAGGAACAUUAAUUAUAAGGCAAACAUCAAGAGAUGAUGAAGGUAUUUAUACAUGUGUAGCUACAAAUUCAAAUGGUACCGAUGAAAGUAAAGCACGUUUAAUAGUAUUACAAGAAUUACGUUUCAUACAAACUCCACCACCAAAACUUAUUACACAAAUUAAUCAAUACUUAUAUUUACAAUGUGAAGUUAUAUAUGAUGAAGUAUUAGAUGUUGCUUUUAUGUGGACACAUAAUGGUCGAAUACUAAAAGAAUUUGACGAUUUGCGUAUACAGCCAGAAAGAAAUUAUUUAACAGUACAUAAUGUUACAUUAUUAGAUGCAGGGGAAUAUGAAUGUGUUGUUAAAUCAGCUGUUAAUCAGAUAUCAGCUAAAACACAAGUUAUUGUAGAAGGUCCACCUGGUGCCCCAGGUGGUGUAAGUGUUAUUGACAUUGGUAAAACAAAAGCCUUAAUUGAAUGGGUUGAUGGCUCUGAUAAUGGUAGACCAAUAUUAUUUUAUAAUAUAUUAGGUAGAACAAAUUGGAAUCGAACAUGGAUAAAUGUAUCAGAACAAGUACAAGCACAUGAAAUUGAUCGUUAUACUGGUAGACAAAGAGCAGAAGUUGUUAAUUUAACACCAUGGUCUGGAUAUGAGUUUAGUGUAUGUGCUGUAAAUGAUUUAGGUAUUGGACAGCCAUCAGCACCGUCCCCAAUAUAUAAUACACGCAGUGAUAAACCAUAUAUUGCACCAAGAAAUGUUGGUGGCGGUGGUGGUAAAAUUGGUGAUUUAACAAUAACAUGGAAUCCAUUAAAAUCAGAAGAACAAAAUGCUCAAGGAAUUUAUUAUAAAGUAUUUUGGCGUUUACAUGGUAAAUGGGAAUGGGCAUCACAAAUUUUAGAUAAACAGGGUAAUGUUGGUAUUGCUGUUAUUGAUUUACGUAAUAAAGAUUUAUACUAUACUGAAUACGAUGUUAAAGUACAAGCAAUUAAUAAUGAAGGAGCAGGACCAGAAAGCGAAGUUGUUAAAAUAUAUUCAGCUGAAGAUAUGCCACAAGUUGCACCACAACAAGUUGUUGCUAGAAGUUUCAAUUCAACAUCAUUAAAUGUUACCUGGAAUCCAAUUGAAAUGACAAGAGAGAAAAUACGUGGCAAAUUAAUUGGUCAUAGAUUGAAAUAUUGGAAAGUCGAAAAUGCUGAAGAAGAUGCAACAUAUUAUUUAUCAAGAACAACCAGGAAUUGGGCAUUAAUUGUUGGUUUGCAACCAGAUACAUAUUAUCAUGUUAAAGUGAUGGCAUACAAUGCAGCAGGUGAAGGUCCUGAAAGUGAAAGAUUUAUAGAGCGAACAUAUCGAAAAGCACCACAAAAACCGCCUUCAUCAGUUUUUGUAUAUGGAGUUAAUCCAUCAACUGUACGUGUUAUAUGGCGUUAUGUAUCACCAUCUCAAGAAGAAGAGCCAAUACAAGGAUACAAAGUAAGGGUCUGGGAAUCAGAUCAAGAUAUGACAACAGCAAAUGAUACAAUCGUACUGAUAGGAAAUAAACUAGAAGCAUAUAUUGAAAAUUUAAUACCGGGAAAAAGUUAUAAUAUGAGAGUAUUAGCUUUCAGUAAUGGCGGUGAUGGGCGAAUGUCCAGCCCCACUACACGAUUUCAAAUGGGAAAAACAACAUCAAGUUCAACUGCAAAGGUUAUUUUUAAUAAAACAAUUUUAUAUGGAUUAAUGGUGAUAUUUUAUAUUCAUAGAACGAAUUUUUCAAAUUAAUUCAUUUAUUAUAAUUAUAUAUAUCACUUAUACACACAUAUAUAUAUAUAUAUAUAUAUGUUUACAAUACAAAACAAUACCAUGUAAAAAUUAUGAAUCUAAAAUUUGUUUCUAUAAAAUUUCAGCUUAAAACUAUACAGGUGUGGGUGAUUCCUUCGAGUUUUUAAAGUAAAACAUUUUUCUUAAAACAAAAUUUAUGUAAAAAGAAAACUACUGUUUGAAAGAAAAACAUAAGUGAAGACGGCAAUUUUAUAAUAAAAAUAUUAAAGAAAUAAAAAACAAUAUUCUCCUUGAGAUCGGAACUGUAAUAAUAGUAUAUUAAAGCAGAAUUAAGCUUAUAAAUGCCAAUUGCUGAAUUGCUUAUCGAUAUGGUAUUAUUAAAAUCCGAUGUCAGGGUCCUUUACAUGGAAAAAGGCACGUUCGACAUGAAAAUAUUGACAAAAAUAAAAAAGAUUUUCUAGAUUUGAAAAAGUAAAAGUAAAAAUAUAGAUAUAGAAUUUUUUCAUUCUGAUACAUACUCGUAUCUAGAUAUACCAAUUAUAACAAUUUUUUUACUAUAAAAACUCUUAAAGAUUCACAUCCCGAGAACUCAAUACCAGUUCCGGACCACCCUGUACAUAUUUUGCUAAAUUAUACGUAGAAAUCAAUAUAUUAAUUUUAUACAAUUUUUCGAUGAUGUGUAUAGUGAUUUAAUUGAAGAAAAGAAAAAUGACCUUUUCUUCAAACUUUUAUAUUUUUGAAUAUAUAUAAGAUUAUUGUUUUUAUAUUAUUGUAAAAUUUAUAAUUUAAUUAAAUUACCUAAAUCAUAUAGUAUAUAACACAAUUUUGGCUCGAAUGAAAAAUAAUAUUUUUAAGGUGUAAAAAUAUUUCGUAAUCUCAAAAUUCUAGGGUUUUGUGUCAGAACAUGAUAUCUACAUUUUUGCAAUUUCGAGUAAAACACCAGUGAAAUUUUACUAAAAUAUUAACAAGUGAAAAUUAAAUGAAGAUCGUUUAAAAAGUUAGCUUUUUAAAAUGUUGCGAAUAAAUAUUACAUAGUAGUAAAAUUUUAACAUAUUUUUCUAUAUUAAAUAAUAUAUACACUUUUUCCAUUUGCAAUAAGUAUCAAUUAGAACUGAAUAAAUUUAUUUAUCUAGUUUUUAAACGUGCGUUUCACUUAUAUGAAAAUAACCAACAUAAACAUUUAAAUAUGAAAUGUAGAAAUGAAUAUGUGCAAUGUUUCAUUUUCAACUUGAAACGAAACUGUAAAAAAAACUAGAACACAUUUUAAUUUCAAAAGUAUAUAACAUGACAUAUCUAUAUUUCAAUGCUUUCUUAAAAAAUUUUAUGAUCUCGAGAAAUGCUGUAACUUUUGAUAUCUAAUUUUGUCAGAAUUCAAAAUUUUUUUUGAAUUUGUCAAAUUUUCUUUGCCAAAAUAAAUUUGUUAAUCAAAUUAUCAAAUUAUCUUGCAUUAGAAAGAGCUUAAAAUUUUAAGUAAUACUGCAUUUUUGUCAAAAAUGUAGAUAUCAUUGAUCUAAAUUUUUCAAUCAGUGUUUUCUGAUAGAGAACCCUAGAUUAAUAAUUGUAUUGCGUAAUUAAAUUACUAAAGAAUUUAGUAGUUAUAAAUUUGUAAAUUGCAAAUAUUCUUUAAUAACUGUAGUGUAUUACUGAAAUUUUGAAGUUAAUGCGCGAUUAUUUGCCUUAAUUUUGCUCUUAUUGUAACAAGCCUUGUAUGCAGUAAAAAUAAUACAAUUUAUGUUAUCAAAAAAUAAUUUACAAUAUAGUUAGUACUGUGACGUAUUUCUACGUCAUCAAAAUUCAGGAUGUACAAUAAAUUUGUCUUAUUAAGCAAUACGAUUUUAUUUGCUGAAUAGCGGUCAAGUUGACUUUAUUUGCUUUAAUGUAUUUUGCGUGUAGUAAUCUUAUUAAAAACUUUGAUUUUUUUUUUUUUCAAAAUUUCAGUAUAUAUUUGCGACAAUAUAUCAUAUAUAAAACGAUUAUUUAAAAAAUGUAAAUCGAUAAUCAACGUAAGAUCUAUAAAUUUUAAUCAUUUCGUAUUCAGCUAUAUACAUUACAGCUUACGUAUGCUUAAGUUGGUGAAUUUUUGUAGAAAUUUUAUUAAUUAAUUUUUUUAUUACAAGCACAAAUAAAAUUUGAUUACUCGUAUUGUCGAAGAAAAUAAUUUGAUUAUUAAUUUGAAAUUUUUAAAUUUCGUUCUGAAAAUUUUCUGAAUUGAAUAAUUCAGUUUAUAUUAUAUCCCUUGAAUUUGAAUUACAAUAAUACGCAAUAUAGCUUAAAAUACAGAAUCUAGAGACAACAAAUACAAGUUCAAAAAGCAGCAAAACUAUCUUUUGCUUUCAAAAUGCAGUAAUAUUUUAUUAACACAGAAUCCUGCUUAUAAAUAUGAAAUAUGGAUUAUGUAUUAAUACCAUAUUACUGAAUUUUCGAAGUCAAGGUGUGUUGCUAUAUAAUUCAGCAAUUAACAGUUCACAAACUGAAGUAUGUAUUGAUACCGUAUUAUUGCAAUUUGAAUAAACAAGGUUUUAUGUUACAGAAUUGUGCAUAAAAGUGAAUGAUUAAUAAAUUUUAAGUCUUAAGAAUUCAAUUUUAUUUUAGUUUUAUAGUAUGUUUUUGUUUUUUUUUUUUAAAUAAUGUACUCGUAUGUAUGUUUUUAUAGUAUGUUUUUGUUUUUUUAAAUAAUGUGUGUACAUUAUGUGCAAAAAUAUAAAAUAUGAAAUGUUGAUUCAAAAUUAAAGAAAAAAGCCAAAAGAAAAUAUGUAUGAGUCAUGUAUACAUUAAGCUAAAACACAAAAAUAAUAUACUUGUAUGUAAUCAAUAUUAUUCAAAAUAAUAUAUAUGAGAAAAUUUUGAUAUACCCUGGCUUUAAAAUUGCAGUAAUAAUGUAUUUAUAAAAGAAAUCAGCUUAUGAGUUCUAAUUGCUAAAUUAUGUAUCGUAUUUAUACCGUAUAUUACUGCAAUUAUGAAGUCAAGCACAAUAGUUAGUUAAUUUGUAAACUGGAUUUUUAUUUAUCACUUAAUUGACCACAUUAUAGCAAUAUAUAUACUUGACUUCCCCAAUUGUAGUUAUACGGCAUUAAUACACAAUCCAGCUUAUGAGUAUGAAUUGCUGAAUUGUGUAUUAAUACGAUAUUACUGCAUUUUGGAAGUGAAGAACACAUAUAAUAAGUAUAUAAUGCAUUAUAUACGUUCCAUUAUUAAAAAUUAAUAUUUAAUAUUUCUAUAAAACCAAAAUAAAAGUCUUAGAUUUUAUUAAAAAACAGAUUUUUAAAAUGCCAAUACGAUUUUUUUAAAAAUAUAAUUUUAUUUUUUAUCUAAAGUACAUAUAUUGUAUAUAUCAUCACCAUACAUCUAGGGAAAACUAACUUUUCUGUUACAUAAAUUUCAAUAAUAUUUUAUAUAGCAAUUAAAAUUUGUAAGCUGAAUUGGUAUAAUUUAUUUUUAUACUCGUAAGAGACAUGUAUUUUUUUUGUAAAACUGAUCAUACGAUUUGAGAUGGAUUUGUUUUUUUUUACUUAAAUUUAGUUUUAUAAAAUUCCGUGACUUCAAAAUUGAAGUAAUACAAUUUUUUUAACCAAUUCAGCAGUUUUAACUUAUAAACUGAAUUGUUUAUUAAUACCAGAUUAUUGACAUUUUGAAGUUCAAAGAUUCGUUCUCGAAUAUUUUUUUAUAUUUUAACUUAUACAAAAGAUGGUAUUAAUUUUUUCCUUUAAAAUAUGUAGAUACAUUUUAUAAAUAAAUAUAUAUAUAUAUAGAUACGUUAUAUAUAAGUACCUAAUCAAGUGCUCAAUUUCGGUAAACGAUAAGAUUGAAAAAUGUAAUGAAAAAGAAUACUUCUUAUAUAAUCAAAAAAAUUAAGGUAAUUUGAAAAAACAUUCCUUAUCAGUAAUUGAAUUUCGUCCAUAAAGCAUUUUUUUUUUUUUUUAUAUUUGCAUGUAAAUAACUUAUAAUACAAAUUUUUUAUUUUACACUUUGAUAUGCACUUUUGCAUAAAUAAAUUUUUUCUAUAUAAUUUUUUUUUAUAUAUUGUAAAACU